AUGCAUUCAGCAGCUCAAGUUGAAAAAUGACUUCUGAUUUUAAAGAUUAUUGGAUGAACUGGUAUUGCUAUUACAACAGUUCUAGCUGCUCUAUGCUUAUUCUCCCCCUCCUUAUCUAGCAAAAUAUUUUGUUCGCUCACGGAGGGGGGUUAAUUUAUUUUUUUUUAAAAAAUUUAUGUAUAAAUCUUAUAGAUCCAAUUUUUAAAAAUUUGAGGAGUGAAAAUUAAUUUAACUUUCAAAAUUUAUGUUUAAAUGUAAUGUGUUUAAAAUUAAAGAGAAUUAAAAUAAUUAUUGCUUAUAUAUCAAUUUUUUUUUAAAAAAUUUUGCUAUAUUAAAAAGUUUUUCGUUCGCUCACGGAGGGUGGGCUUUGGGCAAAAAAUAGGGAUUUUUCCAAUGGUUUUGUUCGCUCACAGAGGGGGAGCUAGAAGAAGUCAUUUCAAUAUGAUGGAGUAUCAUAAUACUCCCUUUGCUGAUUCCUCUCAUACUCUUGCCUAUCUGCCUGAGUCUCAGCUUUGCUUAUGCUUCUCCACUUAUGAACCCAACUUCUGAAUGGAUAAUCAUGCUUCUAGUCUAUAAUGGAACAGCUUCGUGUGCAGUCUUUAUUAUUUUAUCAGCAUUUUUACUAGAUGAAUUUGUUGAUACUCUCUGAACAGUUGUUUUCAUACCAUUAUGAUAUUUAUUAUUUAUCUAUUUAGCCUUUUGUAUUUAUAUUUGUCCAGGUCUAACUCAUAAAGAUGUGAAUAUGAAAGUAGAAGCAUUCUUAUUAUUUGGAUAUUUUUGCGGGGCUUUUGGGUCGGCGGUUUUAUUCUUAUUAUAUGCUGAUGAAUGGGAUUAUGAAAACUUCUAUUUUGUUUUCAUUCCGAUUUGGGUGGUGUGUGGAGUGCACUUGGUAGCGUAUUUUAAUAAAAACCAAGGUUUAAGUAAUAAAACUGAGCUGGCGAUUUUAUCGUUUUUGAUUGCAUUUACAGUUUUAAUAACGAUGUGUGUUGAGAUAUCAGAAAUUCCUCCGUCGGUCGCGAUGAUUCCUUUAUUCCUGUUAGAAAUUGGAUUGUUGAUAUACGAAAUAUUGAGUAUUUGGGGAAGCCAUGGGUAUUCAGCACUGGAGUAA